AUGGCGUCUCACGGUCUCAUUUCCAGAGGUGAAGCAGACUUCGACCUCUACCCUUACACGCCUUCUGGACCCGCUGGUUACGCAUUCCUAGUACUAUUCGCGAUCGGAGGCUUCACUCACCUUAUCAUGCUCAUACCACUGCGAAGUUGGUUCUUUAUUCCGUUCGUUCUGGGUUGCGUGGGCGAAGCAGCAGGCUACUAUGGCCGCGCAUGGUCCUCAUCCAAUAUCCGAAACGGUAGUCCUUACCUCAUACAACUCAUGCUCAUCCUGGCGGCCGCGCCGCUUCUCGCAGCGACCAUCUACAUGACUCUUGGCCGCCUCAUUCGCGCUCUCGAUGCUACACACCACGCUGUGCUGAACCCGCGCUGGACCACGAAAAUCUACGUUGUAAUUGACAUCGGCUCUUUUGUUUGUCAGAUUAUGGGAUCCGCGAUGCAGACUUCCGGGGAUCCCGAUGGAGUUAAACAAGGAAACACAAUCGUGAUCGCCGGGCUGGGUACGCAGUUGGUCGCUUUUGCCUUCUUCAUUUUGAUGGCUGUGGUUUUCCACCGGAGGCUCAAUAACGAACCCACAUCCACGUCACUCCGGACCCAUGUAAAAUGGCAGCGUUACAUGUGGGCUUUGUACAGCGUUAGCAUGCUAGUCGUUGUGCGGAGCAUAUUCCGGCUGGCAGAGUUCGUGGAGGGGCCGGAGAGCAAGGUUUAUCAGACAGAGGCGUACUUGUAUAUCUUCGAUGCGGCGCUGAUGUUUGGGGUGGUGGCCACCAUGGCGAUCCUACACCCGGGGUUUUUGUUCAGGGCUGUUAGGAAGGCUGAAAUGUUGCCGAUUGGUGACGAUGAUGAGAAUGGCGGCUACUUGCUUCGUGGAAAUGGCCGGAAGUAA